AUGAUGCUGCGAUGUCAUACGCAGAUGGAUCAUGCUGCUGUUAGAAUGGGUGGAAACUGCAUGGUGUGUGCAACACCUGCUCCUCCACCGCCGCCCAGUUAUUUGCCACCGCCACCACCGAGUGUUUCAACCCCAGCGCCUACGUAUCUACCUCCCUAUUCACCUGCACCGACACCGAGGCCUCCUCCACCACCACCACCUCCUCGACCUCCUGCGCCACCUCCACCUCCAUCGCCUCCACCACCGCCACCCCCGCCGCCGAGUUGCUGUCGCCCAGGACAAACACCAUCGACCAGCAACUGCUACGUCUGUCAAUCUCCAGCACCACCUCCUCCUCGGCCUCGUCCACCACCACCACCACCUCCUCCCCGACCUCGUCCACCACCACCACCCCGUCCUCGAAUAACGCCUCCACCCCCACGUCCAACACCACCACCGAGAACUUACCUUCCAGUUCAACCGCCUCAGCCACAGCCCUGCUGUCCACCACAACAAACACAACCCACGAGCAAUUGUCGAGUAUGUCAACAACGUCCUCAAUACCCAGCACCACCUCCACCGAGGACCUACCUACCACAAAUAGGCUGA